CAGUAAUUUCAUUAAAAUUUAACGCAAAAAUCUUCGUGAGGGCAUUAAACGCAGCGCCAUAAACUGACAUGCCUGUGCAGAAAUGAGUGCAAUAGUUGUUCUGACGACGCUUGUCGUCCUAAUUUAUGUCUGCAUCACUUGGCUCCUCCCGAAACUCAUUGGAUGGUUUUUGGUUCGAAAAUUCAACAUUAAACUCCGUUUUGGACGCCUUAGUUUGCCUUUUACCUUGCGUGACGUGAAUAUUUGCAAAGACGGAUGGAAUAUCCAAAUUGACGAGAUAAAUAUCCGCAGUAGCUUCUUUUCGGAAGUUACGAAGCUCUUGUCGAUCAACAUUCACGACAUUCGCGUGAACAAAGAUGUCGAUGAUGCGGAAAAAUCCACUCCCGAUGACUUUCAGCAGAAUAAAAAGUCCUACGAGCUGGAUUUUCGCAACAAAAAAGUGCCGCACAGUAUUAUCACGUUCGCGCAAUUCAUGGCGAUUCACAUGUACAACCUCUCGAUCGUCUUGAUGAACAAUAAUAUGGAGCCGGGAUGGUUGUUGCAUGGCACAGCGAGUGAAUUGCAUCUCGACGGGUCGAUUGUGCAUAACGAAAAAACGCUUCUUGUGUCUUUGGAGCUAAAUGACACGCAAGCGAAGAUAUUGCGACAUGUUCCGCCGAAGAAAUCCUUGUUUGGGGGCCAUGGAAGUGCAAGUCACGGGCAACCUUGUAUGAUUGAAGUGAGUUUUGGCAUUGCACUCGAUGGAGUUGUUAUGGCGCAAGGCCCGUUGUCGUUGGAAAAGUUGUCUGUGUCGACAAAUAAUGCCAAAACCAUUUUGCAUAAUGGGCUGUAUGACUUUAUAUUAGACGCACAAAACGAAAAAGAGCUCAAAAGUAUCUUGUCGUAUAAUUACCAGCAGAAUAAAGACGAAAAGGGACCAUUGUCAUCCAUUAGUUAUGACAAAAUUGCACCAAUAAUACCAAAGAAUUUCAUGAUCAAGGUAGAGGAUACCGUUAUAGCUGCCGUUCGUGACAACAGUUCAAAUGAUUUCCUAUCAAAAUUGCAUUUGCUAUCCAUCUCCGGCAAAAUUGAACCUUUCGAUCCGAAUGUCUCGUGCAUCAUGCCCAUGUUCAAUGCCAAGGUUCAAAUAUUGCAACUCGAAAUCGACACAAUGCACGAAAAAAUCCUGUAUAUCGAAGAGUUCAGUGUCGCUGGCGAAGUAAAAAAUGACAUUGUCAACAUUUAUUCGAACCUGAAAGCGCUUCAAAUGUACUACAAUCACGGCGAGGUAUACGGUUGGAUUCAGAAAAACUUCUCCGCGAACCAACAAAAGCCCGCUAAAAGCCUAAGUUUGACGGCGCUCGAAAAAAGUGCGAGCAUAACUCAAACCCCGAGUCGUUGGGAGUCGAUUUUCAAGCGAAUUAUCAUCAAAGGCACCGCCGAAUUCACAAAUAUCUCGAGUAUUUUCAAGUUGAACGAGGAAGUGGCUUCCAUAAGUGUCAGUCACACGAAAUUAAGUCUCGCCCAAGAGGAUGGAACAUCCCGAAGCAACACGUACAGCAGCAAUUUCGCGAAUUUAUUGCUCUCGAAUCGCCAAUGGACCGCAGAAUUGAUGACAGAAUCGCUUUGGUGGUGUUUCGGCAGCAGUUCUCCCGAAAAUUUAACAUUAAAUCGCAAGCAACACAUUCGCGGGACACCAUUUUAUCUUGGAUGGGGCAUCAUCAAGCUCAGUAGUUAUGGCGACACGACCAAAUUAGAGGCAUCCAUUCAACUAAUGCGCGCCGAAUACAGUUCCCUCCUCGCUUCGUUCCUGCAACAAGCGACGCAAUCCAUCCUGCAAUACCGAAAAUUGCGCUUUUCACGCGUGCAACGCUUGAAAUUUACCAAAUCCAGUAAGGAAAGUGCCUGGCAAGAUCUCGUCGUGAGCGUUAAAGUCAAGGAAGCGAGCAUGUUUCUAGUCAACAAAUACAAUAAUUGCUUGAUGCUCAACUUAGAUGAACUUGUGACACACAAACAAAAGCAGGGAUGUGCAUUGGAACUAACUGGAUUCGAAGUUGGCAUCCUCGAUUUGGCCUUGAUUCCAUCAAAUACGAUCACAAACAUCAAAAACUGCAUAUUUAUCGAUUUAAAAUCCCUUAAAAUGGAAUAUUCGCAAAAUUUAGCGAAUAAAACGUCAAAAAUCGUCUGUCAAGUCACCCAAAAUACCUCGGGGAGCUGGAACACGAACCUUCAUAUGCACAUUUUAUCGCUCGUGGACGAGAUAAAGGAAUGUUUUUCGACGUUAAGCCCAAAAAAGUUGAAGGAAGAGUCCCCGACGAAGGAUUUGGACGCUCAAAAAUCAUCAAUUUUGCUCGUUGACUUUUACGCGAACGGAAAUACUGAUGUUUUCAUUAAAAUUUCAGACAAUCAUUCGAUGCAAGUGUCCUUGAGUAACCUUGUGAUGACUCGUAAAGACCGAAUUUCGAUCCAAAUGGAGCAAAUUUUGAUUUUUAUCGAUGGCAUGCAGAUAUUAACAGUCAAGGGAAUCACAAUUCAAUCCAUGCACGAACUGAAAAUCCUCCAACAUGAACGUCAGAAUUACGAAACUUUCGUUUUGCCAUCGAAUGCGGUAUGGGCCGUGUGUUUAGAUGAAUUUCGUGGCAUUUUUCCGUAUGAUUUUGACUUUUCCGAUGCAAUUCAGAACGAAUUUGUAACUUUAUUCAAGUGGCUCAAAAAUGUUCAUAAAUAUCAGAAGAAACCAUUUACUGUGGAUUCGCCGCUGCCGAAAGACAUCAUAAUUCAAGUCAAAGAAUUCUUGUUGGAAAUGUCGGAUGAUCCGUUCGAAGUUAAAUUACGAGAAAAUUAUGUCCUCGUAAUGGAUGAAUAUUUCGAAAGUCUCAAGAGAAAAGAAGUUUUUGACCAAAAACUCGCCGAAAUCCGUCAAGAUCGUCUUUUACUCCCCGCCGGCAUGGUAGCCGAGCUAAAUGCAACUUUGAUCAAAAAAAAUUCCGAAAUUUACAUCCAACGCUCGAAAAAAAUCGCUGAAGCGGGACCCGCUCGUACGAGAUUAAUCGGAUGGGUUUUAACGGAUUUGGAAAUUAUGACAAUGGCGGAUCCGUCAAUCCAUGGCACGGAAAAUGUGGUAAGAAUGAUGCAAGAAAUCGACUCGGAAAGCCCGUGGCCUGAAGAGGGAUUGGAAUUUGUCACGCUUUGGUGUCGUGCUGUCAGUGUCAGUUGUACCGAAUGGAAAUUCAUGCUUCGGGACUAUCCGCAGCCCAUGUUUCAUGUGAAGGCGAUGCAUUUAUUUGGGUAUUUGUGCGGCGCGGAGCAACUUCCGCCACGGAGGGCAAGGAGAGAUGUCGAAAUUGACUUGGGACAUCCGUUUGGGAAGGAAACACUGCAACGUGGGAUGACGGCGUUGAAAUUUUAUCACGAUUUCGAUUGGGAAUUGGAUUAUUUGUGUUAUGCUUUUGGUCCGUGCUGGGAACCGGUGAUGGCGCAAUGUAAUUUAAGCUUUGAAAAGAUAUCGGCGCCUUCGAAAGACCCGUCGCCGCCGUUGCCGUUUUGGGAUAAGAUGCGAUUUUUGUUCCAUGGACGUCUGACGAUGAUCGCGAAGCAGUAUACGAUCCUCUUACAUGCCUCAUUGGAUCCUUAUAACACAACUGAGGAAAUGGAGUUGACCUGGAGUAAUUGUGGCAUCGUUUGGACCAACGCCAAAUUCAUGUUCAAAGGAGAUUUGAAUGUUUCCGUAAGAACUGCAUCCCGUUACGACGAUUGUCGACUCCUACAUUUGCCGAAUUUACGUUUGACUUGCAAGUUAAAUUGGAUUUGUUUGGCAAAUCCCAACGAUCAUCAUGCUGUAAUUCCCUGUGCGCCUGACAAACUGCCCGAAUACUCGAGUAAUCAAGUACAUGACUCGUACAGAGCAUUUAGAUCACAAAAUGUAAACAUCUCAAUAUCCUUCGAGACGAAGCCUAAUCCCGAAAAUGACGACAUUCCUAACUUAGUUUUAUACGGAAGCACUUUACGUUGGUUCGAAAGCUUGAAAUUAAUCCUUUCGGGCGUGACCCGACCCACUCGCAGAGGUCCCGUUUUCAAUAAUUUACGCCCCCGGAAGAAACAAUUGAGUCGCCAUUACAAAAAAGCUCAUUUACAGAUGAGUUUACAUACGUUCCAGAUCUAUUAUUGGAUGUCCCAUGCGAUGAAUCGCGGUUUUCAACUAAAUGGGGGGCGUGUCUCGCUCAGCUCGGAACAUACGUUGUCCUUAAAUCCAAUUGACGAUGGGUUAAUUCAUCGUCCCCGCAGCGAUUGGGACAUUGUCUACAUGAAUUGCGAACUAAACGACGCCGAAAUCUGGCUUAAAACGAUUUUGAACGAAAAAAAUGCUUCAUCAACUGACAAUUUGAAUUUUGGGGGCGACAUCUGUCGGGAUUAUUUCCUUUCUGUGGCAAAAGUUUCUUAUGGGCGUGACCAAGUAGUUGUCGGAAAUGAGCAAAGUGAAAGAAACAACCCCAUUCAUAAACUGGUAGUUCACGAUCUGAAGGGGGCGUGGACUAAAAACAAUCGGGAUGUGGCAUUUGCUCUCUUUGACUCCUUCGUAAAGGCUCAAAAAUUGAAGGAUAACUUAGGAACUGAUGCUCUAAAGUCAUUUAGGAAGGAAAACACGACACCAAGUAAAAGUCGAAAGCCAAACGAGGUCUCUUCCUCAGUUGUAGCCACGCCUGUUGCAGAAAACGUUAUUUCUUUGGGCGGUCCUUCGACUUCUAACGCCCCCAGCAAACAGCAAACGCCUCAUGCAUUAGCUAUGCUGCAUAAACUAAUCGCUGAAGCAGAUAAUAAUUACGUCGCUUACAGCGAUGAUAUGUCAACCCAAACGCGCGAACAAAAUCUAAAGGGUUUAUUAGGGGCGCGGUCUGAUGAUGUGCUUCAUUAUAACUGGAGCAUCUCAUUGGUCAAUUCUCAAGUGUUGCUAAAAGGCUGCGAAACAUCGGGUUAUGUCAUUUUAAGUGCCGCCAAAGCUGAGAUCCAUCAGAAAUUGCAUCGCCCCGUAUGGCGCGAUCGAACUUUGGUAUCGAAAAAUACGUGGGUUGGCAUUUUGGAGUGUAUGCAAUAUUACGCGACUGUCAGUGCGGAGGAAAAUACACGAGAAAUGUCCGAAAUUAUGUGGUUAACGGUCGAUAAUAUACAAGAAAAGGACAAAGAUGCUACCUUAAUUAAUGAAUUCCCGGAUUUGCCGCAUCUCGUGGGGAGUGGCCAAAGUGUAGGGGGCGUGGUUUCCGAAUGUGUCGGAGCUACAGGGGCGGGAAGUGCAGGAGGCGGAGCCCAAUUGCAACGCAUUGUAUCAAGAUGUAAAUGCGAAUUUUUCUAUGUGAGUUACGGCGAUACUUCAAUUGACCCGAAUGCGAUGUCGGAAGUCCCGCCCAUUCCAUCGGAAGAGACAAUUUCGCCAUGGGAGAAAAGUGAUGAGAUGGUUGAUGCGUUCACGUUGAUGCAUCAUGACUUGGAUGUUUGUACAAAUUCACUGCAAUACGCCAUGAUCUUGGAUAUUGUCAAUAAUUUGCUGCUUUUUGUCGAUCCUGAACGCAAAAAAGCUCUUGAAAAUCUCGCUCGUAUGAGAUUUCAACUGCAACUUUACAGCUCGGAAGAUCAAAAACGCCCAAUUCAACAUCUUCAGACCCAAAUUCGGAAUUUAAUGUCACAAAUCCGCUCCCUGGAGAAGGAUAUUCAUUUUAUCACGAAAGCUUUGAUCGAAGAAGGCACGCAGGAGGAGCAAAAACUCGAUUAUGACGAAAUUCAGAAGAAAAUUAAGGAACACAAAGAUCGUUUGGUUCAAUGGGGCGACGAAUUAGACAUGAUGCUCUCUUGUUACAAGGAAAGUCAGCUCUCCGCAUCCAAUAAACUCGCCGCAGUGAGAAAAGAUAAACCCUUAACGAUCGUUAGGACCAACGAAAUUUGCUUUAAACACGCCCAAUGGCGUCUUACCGAAGCUGACGGGCAAAUCGGGAUCGCUGAUUUGAUGCUGAGCAACUUUUUGUACACGAAAAACUCCAAAAGUGACGAUUCCGUCGAGCAUUUGUUGGAAUUGGGAUACAUCCGCAUCAACAAUCUCAUUCCGCGAGAUCAGUACGACAAAGUUUUGUGUCCGACGGAGCUUCAGCGAGACGUUCCCAUCGAUCAUAAACGCGUUUUACGGGUUUUCUGUCGUGAAAAACCGCCGGUUGGGGGAAUUUCGGUGAAAGAACAUUUCGAAAUUAAUGUUGUUCCGAUCACAAUUUGCAUUUCGAAGAAGUUUUAUCAGAAAAUGUUGAAGUUUUGUUUUCCGGAUCGUGAUACGAGUGAAGGAGAUGCCACAGAUGACAUUGAGGAAACAGCUACGGGAAGUCAAUCUUCGUUGAAAACGUCGAAAAAGAAGGAGUUGAAGCAGAAAAAGGAGAAAAAAGAUUCAAACUUUUAUGUGAAAAUUGAAAAAGAUGACGUUGAAAAGAUGAAAGAGCGCGCGGAGAAGAAUAAAUUGUUCAUUUACAUCAAAAUUCCGGAAGUGCCUGUGAGGGUCAGUUACAAGGGCAGUAAAGAGAAGAAUUUGGAGGACAUUAAUGAACUUUCGUUGGUUAUUCCGACGAUCGAGUAUCAUAAUGUGACAUGGACUUGGUUGGAUUUGUUGCUUUCCAUGAAGAAUGACAGUCGAAAAGUUUUAUUAUCGCAGGCAAUCAAGCAAAAACUGAAACUCCGCACACCUUUAGCACUCGUUGACGAGAAACAAUCGCCGCAAGAGGAGGACAAGGCAAAAAUGCUCUUUGGCAACCGACAUUUGCCUGAAAAUCGAAGUUUACGCAAAGGAGUCGGAUUUAAACUACCAAAACCGUAAAACAUCACAGAAAAUGACCAAAAGCAAUUCAAGCAAGACGAAACAAAAAUAGCUUUUACUUAGUUAGUGUAGGAAAAAAUGCAAAUUCAAUACCUGUUGACGCGUGUCAGUGUAAUUUUUUGAGUAUUAUCGCCUUUUUUAUUCAGGAUCCUUAUUUUAAAUUAUUUUUUUAACGCAUAAAUUUAAUUGUUUGUAUUUGUAUUAUUAUUUCGAUAGAGAAAUAAAAUAAAAAUAUUGUUAAGAA